CGGUGGGCGCUGGGACGCGCAAGCGGCGCGGGUCCGGGCAUGAAGCUGGGCCGGGCCGUAGUGGCCCUGCUGCUGCUGGCGCCGUUCGCGGUUCGUGCCGUGGAGCCCAUCAGCCUGGGGCUGGCCCUGGCCGGCGUACUCACCGGCUACAUCUCCUACCCGCGCCUCUACUGCCUCUUUACCGAGUGCUGCGGCCAGAAGCGGAGCCUCAGUCGAGAGGCGCUGCAGAAGGAUCUGGAUAACAAACUCUUUGGACAGCAUCUUGCAAAGAAAGUCAUCUUAAACGCUGUGUCUGGUUUCCUAAGCAACCCGAAGCCCAAGAAGCCCCUUACCCUCUCCCUGCACGGGUGGACAGGCACCGGCAAAAACUUCGUCAGCAAGAUCAUCGCAGAGAAUAUUUACGAGGGUGGACUCAACAGUGACUAUGUGCACCUGUUUGUGGCCACGCUUCAUUUCCCACACGCCUCCAACGUCACCCUGUAUAAGGACCAGCUACAGAUGUGGAUUCGAGGCAACGUGAGUGCCUGUGCUCGGUCCAUCUUCAUCUUUGACGAGAUGGACAAGAUGCACGCAGGCCUCAUUGAUGCCAUUAAGCCUUUCCUAGACUACUAUGAUGUGGUAGAUGAUGUCUCCUAUCAGAAGGCCAUCUUCAUCUUCCUCAGCAAUGCGGGGGCAGAAAGGAUCACAGAUGUGGCUUUGGAUUUCUGGAAAAGCGGGAAGCAGAGGGAAGAAAUCAAGCUCAGAGACAUGGAGCACGCCCUGUCCGUGUCAGUCUUCAAUAACAAGAACAGUGGCUUCUGGCACAGCAGCCUCAUUGACCGGAACCUCAUUGAUUAUUUUGUCCCCUUCCUGCCCCUGGAGUAUAAGCACCUGAAAAUGUGCAUCAGAGUUGAGAUGCAGUCCCGUGGCUAUGAAGUAGAUGAGGACAUUAUAAGCAAAGUGGCUGAAGAGAUGACCUUCUUCCCCAAGGAGGAGAGAGUCUUUUCCGACAAGGGCUGCAAGACUGUGUUCACCAAGCUGGACUACUACCUGGAUGACUGAGCCCUGCCUGCUGCAGACGCUCCUGCCCGCACUGUCUGGCCACUCCUCUCCCAGGAGGAUGCUCAGGACACUUCCUGCUGAGGUUAUCAGGUAUCGCCUCGGGGACUGUUUCUGCUCCUCAGAGUCUGCAGUUGGUCAUGGUGUAGAGACUGCAGACACAGCAUGGACCCAAAGCUUCCUGGAACCUCCAGAGGAUAAAACUUCCCGGCCUGCCCAUUUCUAGGCUCAUGGUAUUUUUUAAAAAUUAUGUUUUAAUUUCAGGUGUUUCUGUUUUGAGGCAGAACAAUUAAGUUUUAUUGCAAAUGUGAUAACUUUAUUUUAAAUGGUUUUUAAUAUUAUGAGAAACCUUUCCACUG